AUGACGUCAGCAGUGCCGGGAAACGCCCCGGAGGUGACGCAAGCAGGAGGGUUCGGCGGGCAGGCGGCGCGAGCGGCCAGGCUGGAGCUGGUGGAGGUGGGAUCUCCGAAAAAGGCUGCUUCUGGCGAAGCUUCCGGGAAUGAAGAAGUGGAGGAUGUGGAGGGACGUGUGUUAGAGGACGCAGAGAAGAAGGAUGAUUCGAUUCCGGAGGCCCAAGGUUCAGAUGAGAUGGUGGGAAAAGGGGAAAAGGAGGCAGCAGCAGCAGCAGCAGCAGCAGCAGCGGGUGUGAAGGCUCAGAUGGGAGCAAUUAUGUCUGGGGAAUGCCUGGGCGGGAAGGGGUUAGUUGGUGUUACAGCGGCAAGCGGAGGUGGUAACAUCAACUCAGCCAACUCAGCCGCUGCUUAUCCGUUCAUGCUCCCGUCUCAUCCGCACGCGGACCCCAUUGCUAUUCCAGGUUUCGUGAACGGUUUUGGCGGGAAUCCCCAGGGUGCGUUGGGAAACGCUGCAGCUGGCCCGCUGGGUGAUGAUGCUUAUGCACCGCCUUUCUGGUUCGCCCAAGCGCCUUGGGUCAACCAAUCGCGUUGGAUCAACCAGGCGCCUUGGCUUAGCCAAUCGCCUUGGCUGCCUGCUUCUACAGAUAAGCUUCCCCAGCUUGGCUCUGGGCCUGGUUAUCCCCGUUAUUGGCUUCCUCAGUUCUAUCCUGCGCAACCCGAAGCUGCAGUUCAGUUCUUUGCUCCUCGUCCCGCAGCAACGGCCGGUGAUUCCCCGAGCCUACCGUGGAGCCUUGGCCCGAACCUGGGCGCGUAUCCAGGUGCGUGGGGUGCCGAACCUGGGUCCAGCGCAUAUGCAGCAUUGCCUGAUCCAACGGAAAUUGCUGCAGGUUUUUCCUCCUUCCCUCCGGGUAUUGCAGCCUCUCAAGGGUCUGUAGCACCUGAAGCGGUUUCUGCUGCGCUUGAGGCGGUUUCUGCGGCACCUGAGGCGGUUUCUACGGCACCUGAGGCGGUUUCUGCGGCACCUGAGGCAGUUUCUGCGGCACCUGAGGCGGUUUCUGCGGCACCUGAGGCGGUUUCUGCGGCACCUGAGGCGGUUUCUGCGGCACCUGAGGCGGUUUCUGCGGCACCUGAGGCGGUUUCUGCGGCACCUGAGGCGGUUUCUGCGGCACCUGAGGCGGUUUCUGCGGCACCUGAGGCAGUUUCUGCGGCACCUGAGGCGGUUUCUGCGGCACCUGAGGCGGUUUCUGCGGCACCUGAGGCGGUUUCUGCGGCACCUGAGGCGGUUUCUGCGGCACCUGAGGCGCCUCCUGAGCUGCCGAGGCAACUGGACGACCCAACCACAGCAACAGUCGCAGCCACCCGCAUCCAAUCCGCAUGGAGAGGCCACUCCCUCCGCCUCACCAAGCCUCUCGAAGCGGCUCGGACCAUAGCCGAGGUUUGGCGGCUGGCUCGGGAGAUGGCAGAGAGGCUCGAUGAGGAGGGGUAUGCGGUCAAGGUGGCGUCCGAACCAAAGGAGAAGCUUCGGGUGAGUGAGACGAUCAUGAGCUGGUUGCUCCGGCUGGAUGCGCUGCUCUCGCCGAACCAGGAGGUCCGGGAGCUGCGCCGGGGAGUGGUUCGGGAGCUGACAAAGCUGCAGGAUCGGGUGGAUUCUUUGAAGCCCACUGCUAUGGCUGCUGAACCUGUUGCUUUGCCUGCCGAACCUGGUGUGGGAAAAGCUGCUGAACCUACCCCGCCCGCCUCCACGUCUUCCCAGUCCUACACCGUUCCAGUCCCUGCUGCUGCACCAGAGCAGCCGCCACAGAAGAAGCAGCAGCAGGAGAAGGACCAGUCACCGUUGCAGCAGCAGCAGCAGCAGCAGCAGAAGCAACAAAUUCUUUCCGAGGAAGACAAGGGGAAGGAAAUGGCAGCCGCUAAGACGGCAGCAGCUUCCAAUCCGCCUGCUAAAACAGGAGGGAAGUCACAGAGCAAGCCGGGUGCUUCGCUUCCUUUCAAGAAAGGCUUUCUGCUUGGUGAACCGACCAAGAGAGCGAAGAAGAGAGCAGAUGCCGAGAGGACGAUCAGCCCCGCGGGCAACUGUGAACGUGGCAGCAGCAGCGAUGAUGAAAAGGAUAGGAGAAGCAGCAGCAGUGGUGGCAGCAGCAGCAACAGCGGCAGCAGCAACAGCGGCAGCAGCAGCAACGGUGGUGGCAGCAGCAGUUGCAGUGGUGGUGAGCUUUUGGAUGGGAAAGGCGGGGAGCGGAAAGUCAGUGCUGGGGACGUGCACAAGGUUGAUGUGCAGCUCUGUGGGCGUGGGAGCGAGGGUCCUGAGGAGGUGCGAGUGGUGUUCUGCAGCAGUGAGGAGAAGGGGCGAGCAAGGAAAGAGGAGAGGGAGGGGGAGAGGAUUGAGGAGGAAAGGAAGGAGGAGUGGAAGGGGCAGAGGAAGGAGGAGGGGAAGGAGAAAGAGAAGGAAAUGAAAAAGGAGAGGAAGGAGGAGGAAACGAAGGGGGACGAGGAAGGUCACAAGGAGGGGAGAGGUAAGGCGAGCUGUACUGGAGAUGUGAGGAAUGUUGACGUGCAAUUUGGUGGGCGUGGGAGCGAGGGGCCUGAGGAGGUGAGAGUUGUAUUCUGCAGCAGUAGAGGGGGCAGCAGGGCUGGCGGGGCAGGCGGGUCAGGUGGGUCAGGCAGGGCAGGCGGGGCAGGCGGGUCGGCAGGCUUGAGUGGUAAGGAGGGAGAGGGUAAUCUUCAUGGUUCAGGGGUGGUUGGUGUCAACGAGGAGAAGGGGAACAGUGGGAAAGAGGGUGAGGUGAAGAAAGUCGAGGAGACGAAGCAGGAGAGGAAGGAGGAGAGGGAAGAGAAGGUUAAGGAGGGGAAAAAGGAGGAGAGGAAGGAGGAGAGGAAGGAGGAGAGGGUUCAGACGAAGGAGAAAAUUGCUGAUGGGAGGAAUCAGGUUGAUGAGGGCGUUCUUAAGGGAGGCAAGGGGAAGGAGAUCGAAGAGGGGAGGGGGAGAGAGGAGGACGAUGCCAAGAAAGGAGUCCCUGGAGCUAACUUCAUUCCCCUGCACCCAUCUCCACCCCCCUCUACCUCCACCUUCCCUCAACAACCCCUGUAA